UCCACCCUUCUCCCUAAUUGUGUCAUUGUUAAAUGAGUCGCUCUCUUCCUCACUCCCAUCCUUUUCCACUCGCCUCCCUUUGCUUCCUUUCUCUCUCUGCGGUUCCCUAACCCUCUCCUCCGCUCGCUUCAUCCCAUGAAGAAGAAGAAGAAGCAGCAGCAGCAAGUCCUAGCAGCCGCCAUGACAACAAAGCUCCCCCGUUGCCUCUUCGCCUCCUCCUCCACCCUCCUCCUGUUCCUCCUCUCGUUCUUGUCCGCCUCCGGAUCCAGCGAAGCUGGCGACUUGGACCUCCUGAUCGCCUUCAAGGCCUCCAUCUCCAACCCCCAGAUCCUCCCCAGCUGGAGCCGCGGCGACCUAUCCCCAUGCUCGUUCGCCGGCGUCAGCUGCGACGCCGGCGGUCACGUCGUCGCCGUCGCGCUCCGGGGAAUACCCCUCAACACCGACUUCCACUCCGUCUCUUCUUCGCUUCUGGCCUUAGGGAGCCUGCAGAGCCUCACUCUCCACGCCGUUAACCUCACGGGAACCCUCGCCGCUGCCGGCGAAGCUCGCUGCGGGGGACUGCUCUCCGAGCUCGACCUUUCCGGAAACAUCCUCCUUGGUUCCCUUGCCGACGUCCACGCCCUUGCCGAGGUUUGCUCAGGGUUGAAGUCGCUCAAUCUCUCCGGCAACUCCGUCGGGAAUCAUCCUGCCGGUGGAGCUGCCGCUGUGGGGUUCAAGCUUGAAACCCUUGACCUCUCCUUCAACAAGAUCUCCCGGCAGGACGAACUUCGGUGGCUGUUCUCUAGCCUCGGCGGUUUCCGCCAUAUCGACUUGAUCGGCAACCGAAUCAACGGCGGGAGGUUCCCGGAGAUCACCAACUGCUCUGCUCUUCAACAUCUGGACCUCUCGGCUACCGGCCUCUCCGGCGAGCUCGGCGUCGGGGCCCUUGGCCGCUGCCCGAGCUUGCUCUACCUAAACCUCUCCUCCAACCACCUCGCCGGUAGCCUCCCCUCCGACCUCUCUUUUUGCACUUCGCUGACCUCCAUUAGCCUCUCCAAUAACAACUUCUCCGGCGACCUCCCGACGGACGCCCUCGCCUCCAUGCCUAACCUUAGGUUCCUUGAGCUCGCCUUCAACAACUUCAGCGGGAGCCUCGGGGACUCCAUCUCCAAGUUGCCGCUCCUCGAGGUGCUGGACCUCAGCUCGAACCACCUGACCGGGUCCAUCCCAUCGGGGCUUUGCCCGAGCCCUGACUUCGGCUUGAAGGAGCUCUACUUGCAGAACAAUCAACUCACCGGCGUCAUUCCGGAAUCGCUGAGCAAUUGCACCGAGCUGGUCUCCCUCGAUCUCAGCCUCAAUUACAUCGGCGGAAUCAUUCCUCCCAGUCUGGGCUCGCUUUCCUCCCUUCGCGAUCUAAUCAUGUGGCAGAAUUCGCUGGAGGGCGAGAUCCCCGCCGAGCUAUCCAACAUCAGGACCCUGGAGAACCUCAUUCUGGACAACAAUGGCCUCACCGGAGCGAUCCCUCCCGAGCUCGUCAACUGCACCAAUCUGAACUGGAUCUCCUUGUCGAGCAACCAGCUGAGCGGCCCCCUCCCCUCCUGGAUCGGCCAGCUCCGCAACCUGGCCAUUCUUAAGCUCGGCAACAACUCUUUCUCUGGCCCCAUCCCGCCGGAGCUCGGUGACUGCAAGAGCUUGAUCUGGCUCGACCUUAACAGCAAUCAGCUCAACGGGUCCAUCCCGCCGACCCUGGCCAAGCAGUCCGGAAACAUUGCAGUCGGCCUGGUCACCGGCAAGCGGUAUGUGUACCUGCGGAACGACGGGAUCAGCAGCCACUGCCGUGGCACGGGUAACCUCCUGGAGUUUGCUGGGAUUCGGCCGGAGGACCUCAACCGAUUGCCCAGCCACCGAAUCUGCAACUUCACCAGGGUUUACAUGGGGAGCACCCAAUACACUUUCAACAACAACGGCUCCAUGAUCUUCCUCGACCUCUCCUACAACCAGUUGAGCGGCCAGAUCGCAAAGGAGAUUGGGAACAUGUACUACCUCAUGAUCCUCAAUCUUGGCCACAAUUUGUUAUCCGGUCUGAUCCCCACGGAGCUAGGGAGCCUGCGGUUUGUGGCGGUGCUGGAUCUUUCUCAUAAUGCUCUGGAGGGUCCAAUCCCUUCCUCCUUCUCUGGCCUCGCCAUGCUGUCGGAGAUCGACCUCUCCAAUAACAAGCUGAACGGGUCGAUACCGGAAUUGGGUCAGCUGGCGACUUUCCCACGGUACCGGUACGAGAACAAUUCAGGCCUCUGUGGCUUCCCUCUCCCCUCCUGCGAAGGCAACACCGGUGCUAACUCCGGCAACCAACAUCAGAAAACCCAUCGUCGACAAGCCUAUCUUACCGGAAGCAUCGCGAUGGGAGUUUUCGUCUUCGUGUUUUGCAUUUUUGGCCUGGUCAUAGUCGCAGUGGAGAAGAGAAAGAAGCAGAGGAACGGCAAAGGUAACAGCAACAACUCCAGGGAUUUCUACAUCGACAGCCGUUCUUACUCCGGUGCCGGCAUCUCUAAUUGGAAGCUGACCGUCACCAAGGAGACCUUAGUAAUCAAUCUCGCCACAUUCGAGAAGCCGCUCAUGAAGCUUACUUUAGCAGACCUCAUCGAAGCCACAAACGGGUUCCACGAUGACAGCAAGAUCGGUUCGGGUGGAUUCGGUGAUGUCUACAAAGCGCAGCUGAGGGACGGAAGCGUCGUCGCCAUAAAGAAAUUGAUUCAUGUCAGCGGACAGGGUGAUCGUGAGUUCACCGCCGAGAUGGAAACCAUAGGAAAGGUCAAGCACCGCAACCUGGUUCCUCUGUUGGGCUACUGCAAGGUUGGGGAGGAACGGCUUUUGGUAUACGAGUACAUGAAGUACGGCAGUCUGGAAGACGUGUUGCACGAGAGGAGGAAGGCGGGACUAAGAUUGAAUUGGGCAGCGCGGAGGAAGAUUGCGGUGGGAGCAGCCAGGGGUUUGGCGUUCCUGCAUCACAACUGCAUCCCGCACAUCAUCCACAGGGAUAUGAAGUCCAGCAAUGUGCUUCUGGACGAGGACUUGGAGGCAAGGGUGUCGGAUUUCGGGAUGGCCCGGCUCAUGAGUACGGUGGACACACAUUUGAGCGUGUCGACACUGGCGGGCACGCCGGGCUACGUGCCGCCGGAGUACUACCAGAGCUUCAGGUGCACCACCAAAGGCGACGUGUACAGCUACGGUGUGGUCUUGCUGGAGCUUCUCACCGGGAGGUCGCCGACGGAUUCGUCGGACUUUGGGGACAAUAACCUGGUGGGGUGGGUGAAGCAGCACUCCAAGGUGAGGAUAAGCGACGUCUUCGACCCGGAGCUAUUGAAGGAGGGUGCCGCCGUCGAGCUGGAGCUGUUGGAGCACCUCAAGAUUGCCUGUGCCUGCCUCGACGAGAGGCCUUUGCGGCGACCGACGAUGCUGAAGGUGAUGGCCAUGUUCAAGGAGAUACAAGCGGGGUCGAUGGUGGACUCGAACGCCUCCGCCACCGCCGCCGCCGCCGCCGCUUCCGUGGAUGACGCCUUCGCCGAGGUGGACAUGAGCUUGAAGGAGGAAAGCAAAGAAGAAAAAUGUUAAGAGCAUUUCAGUUCUGGCCUUCGCACCACUGCGGUGCGGUGCAGUGCAGUGCAGUGCAGUGCAGUGAUGGUUGGACACAAAUUUUCCGUGUGGUUUCGUCAUGGAAUGUACCAUAUAAGUUUGUUAUGCUUCUUUUCGGUCUCAUACGCAUUAGGCCAAUGUUCUUUGUACAUACAAAGUGAAAUUUUCUUC